AUGAUGAUUCUCGAAGUGGAGCGCAAGUUCACCUGCCUCAGGGUCAGCAACCUGCUUCAUUACGAGGCAAUCCCGCCGUUCCAAAACAUCGAAUCCCGCGGCAGAAAGACCUUCCACGACGUCUACUACGAUGAUUCCAGCUUCCUCUCAUCCAAGGGAGUCUGGGUGCGUCAGCGCAACGGCGACUGGCAAGCCAAGAUCAGACGUGGCGGCGACUACAACAACUCCAAGUUCCUAGAACUCUCAGGACAUGACCAGAUCUUUCGCUACUUGUCCCAGCUUCCUGGAUACCCCAGAAACGUCCAAGGAGAAGCAUUCGGAUUGAGCCAGAUGGCCGCCUUUUCAACUCUACGCAAGCGCUGGGUUGCCGACAAAGAAUUCAACAUCGUCCAGGACGUCACCGACUUCGGUCACACUGUGGGUGAAGUGGAGUUGGAAUAUCCGAUCAGAUAUUGCGGCGAUGACUUGGAGCUCUACAAGAGUUUCAAGAUGGCUGAGAUGGAUGAAAGAAUUACUAGGUUCAUGGAGAGAUACACAUGGGCUUUCUGUCCCGGUGAGCCUAAGGGAAAGCUGACAGCUUACUUCGAAAGAUUCGGCGGAAGAUAG